CUUUUGCAUAAUGACACAAAAAUUUUUUUUCUGAAGCAUAUGCCCGUGGUCAUAUUGCCUCCAUGCCAUGUUAUUUCUGAAUUAGAAUUAUGUGUGAGUAUACUAUCCAUGUUCACAGUGAAUUAGAAACAGAUUUUUACUUAAAACUUACUCCAUUCAUUUGAGAAGUAAAUGUUACUAAGGUUAAGUCCAUGAGUGGGGUUUCAAAAUAUAUCUUAUUAUUGAUUUUUGAAUGUUUAUUAUAAGUAUUAUUUAUUGCUGCAUGGCAAACAUGCUAACAUUGGAGGGGACAUCCAUUUCUUCAGAAGUCACUGUUUGAUACACCACCAGUUUUUUUCUCCCAAUUUCAGGAGAAAAAGGCAGUGCUUCAAAGAGUGGGAAAUCUCUCCACUACCAAGGUUCACCUUUCCACAGAAUUGUCAAAGAUUUUAUGAUCCAAUCUGGAGAUUUUGUCAAUGAUGAAAAUUUCAUCAUCAAGCAUGACCGUCCCUUUCUUCUGUCCAUGGCAAACCGUGGUAAAGAUACCAAUGGAUCGCAAUUCUUUAUAUUGACAAAGCCUGCUCCUCAUUUAGAUGGGAAACAUGUGGUUUUUGGCCAUGUCAUCAGAGGACAGGAUGUUGUAAUAGCUAUUGAGAACCAGAAGACAGAUGAAAAUAAUCGUCCUAUCAAUGAGGUUAAGAUAACCAGCUGUGGAGAGCUUAUUUUGCAGAUUAAACAAAAAGCCAAGAAGAAAAAAGAUACCAAAUCUUCAGAAUCUGAAUAUGCAAGUAGUUCCAGUGAAUCAGGAAGUGAAUCUGAGGAUGAUCAGAAAAAUAUAGAAAAAAAAAAAAGGACAAAAAGAAAAAAGCAAAGAAGAGGAGAAAAGAAAAAAAGAAAAUUAAGAAUGCUGAAAGAGAAAUGCCAGAAAGCCAGAUUUUUUCCACUGUAAGACCAGAGGAGAUUCCAGAUGUCCCAGUAUCCAGAUUUCUGUUCAGAGGCAGCCCACCCAAAGAAGGUGACAGGUAAUAGGAACCCUGUAGAUGUAUUUUGUGAACAAAAGAACUUAAAGUGAAAAAUUAAGCCCUAGUUUUACUUUGAACCUCUUGAAAAGGUCUUCGGGGGUGUUAUGUCACAACAGCUUUGACCUUUCAUAAACCUUCAGUAUUUUGCCUAUCUGCAACUCCCAAUUUUUUAUUUAAUUGAUUAAACCGAUUACCAUAAUAGUUCAG